UUAGCUACUUCACUAGCGUACUCUGCAUUACUACUGCUUAUUUCUAGUUCAGUACUCUCUCAUCAGCUCAGAGUGAUGGACAUGGUGGCAAGUUUGGUGGACCAGAAGCCUUUGGUGAUCUUCAGCAAGAGUUCGUGCUGCAUGAGUCACUCAACAAAGACAUUCAUGUACGAUUUUGGGGCGAACCCGACGGUGUACGAGCUCGACCAAAUGCCAAACGGGCAGCAGAUCGAAAGGGCGCUGCUGCAGCUCGGGUGCAGGCCGAGUGUGCCUGCUGUGUUCAUAGGGCAACAGUUUAUCGGUGGCACGAACACGGUGAUGAGUCUCCAUAUGCAGAAUAAGCUCGUCCCGUUGCUCAUGAGGGCAAAAGCUAUAUGGAUUUGGAACAACAAGUAGUGUUGCUAUAGUAUUAAGCAAGAGCCUCUUUUUUGAAUUUCCUCUUUGGCCGUUGAGGCUCUUUCUGUGUUUUGUUUUCAGUUACUGGUAAAAUCAGUACUAAUUAAAUGAGAAGUUGUAUGAGAACUACAGUUAACUAUUCUGCACGCUCCUGAUGGAUUCUGAGAACUU